UCCUACAUAGUGAUAGCGAAAGAAGCAUCGGCUCAUAGCACAUUAUUAUUCAGUGAAAGGACAUGGAAUGGUUUAAUUUCUAUAAAAUUCUGUGCAUUUUCUGGAUCGAAUAUCUGCUGGGAAUAUAUGUUUUUGCGACCUCAACGCUGGAAUCUAAUAUGAGGAUCGACAGCAUCAAGGUUCACACUGAAGUAAAAUUGCGAUUUGCAAAAUCCCUGGUGACAGGUCAUGUGACUAACCCAACAAAUAGAAGUGGCGUUGUUCAGAUCCGCCUCUUUAUUCCUGUACAGACGUUUCUUUCUGAUAUCAAACUGGAAAUGAAUGGCACUAUUUACAAUGGGCAAAUGAAACAAAAAGAUUUUACAAAGAAAAGAAGUAUUGGACAAAGUACAUUGGAAAGCUUCAACCAGGAAGGAGUACGUUUUGAUUCAUUUGACUUUAUGAUAAACGUACCUCAACAAACAGAUGUCAAGUUUUCUCUGAUCUGUCAAAAGCUUCUCCAUAGAAGACGCGGGCGAUAUCAACUCGACUUUUCCUUUAUGACGUCACAUGUCAUUGAAGAGUAUGAUGUACAAGUUGACAUACAGGAAACCAGAAAAAUAACUUACCUCUCCGUAAAUAAUCAGACAGAAUUCAACCAAACUAUCUCAAGGAUAUCUACAAAACCCUCACAGUGCAUGAUUCGUUAUCAUAAACGAAUGCCAUUAAUACCCCAGGAAACGACAUUUACUGUAGAAUACGACCUUGAACGUUUGUUUGACCUUGGAGAUACUGUGAUUUCAGGAGAUUACUUUGUUCACUUCUUCGCACCUAUCCUAGAGAGUGAAAUACCGAAAUCAAUACUAUUUAUUCUUGAUAAAAGUGGAUCGAUGGUGCACCGCCUUCAUAAAUUGCAAAUAGCAAUGCACAAUAUAUUAAGUGAUCUAGAACAAACAGAUGAAUUUGGUAUAAUAAUGUUUGAAGCUGAGGUGGAGUCUAUGUAUAUGGAAAUGGUCAAUGCCUCCUUUGGAAAUAUUGAGAUUGCAAAGAAUUAUAUAGACAACCUGACAGCAGCUGGCGGUACGAAUAUCAAGUCUGCUCUUCUACAUGGUUUAUCUUUUCUAAAUUCCGAUAGAAACGCGGGGCUUGGAGCCAAAAUUAUUUUCUUCUUGACGGACGGGGCAAUCUUUGGAAUCAAAAACAAAGCUCUAAUGGAAAUAAAAGUCGCGAACAUUUAUGAUAUACCAAUAUAUAGCUUGGCAUUCGGCAAGGAUGCAGAUACCGAGUUCGUGCAGCAAUUAUCUAGACAGAAUAACGGUGAAACAAGACUAGUGAAUGACAAUGAUGAUGCCAUUAAAGACAUCACAAGCUUAUUUAAAGAUAUCCCGUCGACUUUGCUGAAAAACAUAUCUUUUCACUACCCCUUUUUUAAAGAGGCAUGGACGUCACCAACAUUUUUUCCAACUUAUUUGAAUGGAACAGAGAUUUCGAUUGCUGGUUUAAUAGUUCAGCACGCAGCUAACUCAAGUAUUACCCCGGAUGUAGACUUCGUGGCAAAUGAGGUUGAAACUGACAACAUGACUAAAAGUCAGACGUAUAUCGUUUUGAAAUCCGACGGAGAAAUUUGUCUACCCGAACACGUUUGUCUGUCCUCCGAUUUUCGAGAAUUUGUGGAGAACACGUGGAUCCACAAGAAAAUUCUUGAAAUGAUGGAUGAAAUUAAUGAGGGAAAAUUAGAUUCAGAUGCAGUCAAACUUCUUAUGAACAAAAUUUUAUUCAUGUCUUUAAAGUAUGGUCUGGUUACGCCGUUCUCAGACGUACAGCUUUCUGGUACAGGAGACACCUUGCUUCAGUUCAAUCACCAAACUGCAGAGGACGUACUUGAAAUGUACCUAUCCGACGAUAUUGCUAAGCAAAAAGAUGCGACGAAUAUACAAGCGGGAGGCGAUCCACAUUUCUUGCUGAGUAUUCCAGGAACAGAAUUCCCUUUUUGUUUUGAUCUAGAUAAAGUUGCAGGGAAAUUCGUUCAAUUACUGUCAAGCACAGAUUUCGUGAUGAAUAUUGCACUUAUCGCGAGCGCUCAACUCGACAGACACAGACACAAUAAAACCUAUAUUGGAGAAUUAUAUAUAGCGUCUGGUGACCGUUAUCUACUGGUUACUCCUGAACAAAUUCUUAUAAACGGGAGACAACUCGAGUGGAACGAAGAUCAAGAUAAAUAUGGAUUUUACAUGAAUUCUGUCUAUCCAAACUGUAUUAAACAUAAAAAUUCGUGGAAUAUGAUUAUGACAGUUUGUAGAAGGCUUCAAAGAGAUGGUCAUCCCAUUGAUUAUUUGGAUAUUGCAAUAUCUGGUUUGAAACGUAUUGGGAAUAAAGCAGAGGGAUUUCUCGGUCAGGCUUUUAAAUGGCCAAUCAAAAGGCUUGGAACCAAAGAAACAGAUAAAGGAGUGAUUGGUAAAUUCAUGAUUAUCAAACCCGGAAAGAGAGACUAUUUCCACGCUAAACUGCAACAUCGUAAAAUACCUACAGCUUCUGCAUAUUCAGAAUGCUGGGAGAUGCAUCGAAAUGUUCAAACUUUACUGAAAGAACCUGCAAGAAACUUUUUUAAAUCCACGUUAUUUGUUAAAUAAAAAUUAUUUAUAUACAUAUUGGUAAAAGUAUGAAUAAUAAUUGUAUAUACGUCUUUCAAAGUCACAAUAAAUAUAUUUUUUUCA